AUGCAGAUAUUCUGCUUGCUCUUUCUAGCAACCUUCGCAGGCUACAGUUUGCAGACCCAGUGGGACCAGCUUCUGAGUCUUUCGGAAGAAGAAGCAAAGGCCUUCCUCGGCGGCACCUUCUCGCCUGCCUCGCAAGGGGAAUCAACAUCCAAGGCGGCACAAUGGCAUGAUGAUGACGGUCGGAUGGUCCCUCGGGGGCAGAUGCAUCGACAGCUCCUUCCCGAAGAUGUUCUAGGCCAGUCAAGCCUUGCCUCAUUGCUUGGCCCAAGCGUACAUGAACAUGAACAUCCUGACAACGGUCGUGAUCCCAGCGACGUUGCCUCCCUUGCAACAACGCGCAGGAUCUUAACGACGGCGAGUAGUAGCGUCCAAUCUAACCAAGAUGUGACGUCCAGCACCCCGUCAGCAGCAGAAGCAAGCCUCACAGAACCGCCGAACGCUCCGGAUCCUUCAAAGUCUUCGGCACAAGGUCGAGACGUGCCCCCUCUGUCACUGAUCGGAUCAGAGCAUCUCCACGCACCGCGAGUACUUACAGUUAGACAAAGGAACGAUGUGCUUCGAGAUGCCGCAAACCAUCUCCAACUGUCCAAAGGCAGAAGGGUUCCUAUUCUAUUCCAUCCUUUCAUGGAAGAGGCGCUAACUGACAGAUUCCUGGAUGAGUUCGCCAAGUCGAAGAAUUUCCUUCGCGAGUACAAGCCAGGCUUCCUCGUGCAAACGCGAUCCCUCACCAGCAAGUUGUGGCAGGGCCAAGGAGGAAUUGUUCUACAGAGGGAGCUCAUGCACCAGCUGUUUGUUUAUCGAUACCUGAGAAUGCCAGCCACAAGUCGACCUCGAACAGUGUUUCAGUUUGUUGGCAUGCUCGAGAUCAAUCGGCCGAGUCACGAAGCAGUGAGACCGCUCAAGGCGUUCUCGACCACUCGAGUACUUGUCCAAGCCAUCGGACCCGAUUCAUUUGUAGACCACUCUUCACUGGCAAUUAAAACGACUCGAAGUUAG